UUGACACACCUACAGACCAAUUGCUAACACCGUUCGGCGGUAGGCUAGCUAACCGCACGACGUUAUAACUUUGUACGUUAACUAGUUAGCCACUAGCCUUAAUAGUUGAUAAUACAACUGGUUAGAGCGGACGAGUGGUGACUCUGAAAGAUGUCCCGAGAGCAGCUGGUUGUACAAAGGGCCAGGAAGUCCUUCCACACAGGGAAAACCAAACCUCUGGAGUACAGGGUCCACCAGCUGAAGAGCCUGCUCCGCUUCAUCUCAGACAGACGGAGAGACAUUGCAGAUGCUGUCAAAAGGGACCUGGGCAAGAGCGAACACGGGACUGAGCUGUUUGAGACACUGGGGCUGGAGGGAGAAAUCAAGCUGGCUAUAGAGAAGCUGGCAGAGUGGGCGGCUCCUCGGCCAGUGGAGAAGAACCUCCUCACCAUAACAGAUGAGGUUUAUGUGCAGCCCGAGCCUCUGGGAGUGGUUCUCAUCAUAGGGGCCUGGAACUACCCCUGGGCCGUCACCCUCCAGCCGCUGGUUGGAGCUAUCGCUGCUGGUAAUGCAGCAGUAAUAAAGCCAUCUGAGGUCAGCUCUCAUUCUGCCAAGGUCAUGGAGGAGCUUCUCCCUCAGUAUCUAGACAAGGAUCUGUACCCAGUGGUGACAGGUGGAGUGUCCGAGACCCAGGAGCUGCUGAAGCAAAGAUUUGACCACAUUUUCUACACAGGAAGCAGCGUAGUGGGUAAACUGGUGAUGGAAGCUGCAGCUCGCCACCUCACCCCAGUGACCCUGGAGCUGGGCGGGAAGAGCCCCUGCUACAUUGACAAAAACUGUGAUAUCACUGUCGCGUGUCGUCGCAUCACAUGGGGAAAGUUUGUCAACUGUGGUCAGACGUGCAUCGCUCCAGACUAUGUCCUGUGUGAACCCUCCGUCCAGAGCCGAGUAGUAGAAGAGAUCAACAAGAGCAUCAAGGAGUUUUACACAGAUAAUCCAAAAACCUUUGAGGACUAUGGACGCAUCAUUAACCAGCGGCACUUUAAGAGGGUCAUGUCCCUCAUGGAGGGGAGCACAGUCGCUGUUGGUGGAGACAGUGAUGAGUCCCAGUGCUACAUAGGCCCCACUGUGUUAAAGGAUGUGACGGGGGAAUCCAAAGUGAUGAAGGAGGAGAUCUUCGGGCCUCUGCUGCCCAUCAUCACAGUGAGCGGUGUAGACGAGGCCAUCCAGUUUAUUAACGAGAGAGAAAAACCUCUGGUUGUGUACGUCUUCUCCAAUGACAACAAGCUGAUCAAAAGGGUGAUAGCUGAGACGUCCAGUGGAGCUCUGCUGGCUAAUGACUGUUUGGUACACUUCACUGUCAGCGCUCUGCCCUUCGGAGGAGUGGGUAACAGUGGUAUGGGCUGCUACCACGGCCGGCACAGCUUUGACCAGCUCAGCCACCUGCGCAGCUGUCUGAUCAAGCAGCUGAAGAUGGAGGGAAUAAACAGCAUGCGUUACCCCCCUCACACCGCCAAAAAGCUGGGAUGGGCUCGAUUCUUUUUGCUCAAGCAUGUCAACGUAUGCAGGCUACGGCGCAUGGCACUGCUGGCCAUGUUCACUGGCUUGGCAGCAUUUGUGGUGCAGAGAUUCCUGCGCUGAGGCUGAGGAGCACAGACUGGUGGCCUGAGUUCAACCCUGCGUAAGGUGCAGGUGGACUCCUGGCCUACAGCACUCCUCAUUCACUGGUCCAUUUCAUUUCUCACUCAUGUAGGCAUAUUUGACUGAUUUGUGAUCUUUAUAAAUAUGUGUUUUUCACAAUAGACCCUUUUCACUGCAGCCAUUUUGAGAUGAAAUAGUAGGGUAAACACAUGUGUUACCAGUGAUACCAGUUUAGGUUGGGCUCCAUUUAUUGUGGCAGAGUCUUUCUGGUGAGCCAACAUGCACAAUAACAGCACCCUGGCUUUGUUUGACCAUCAUUGAUAACACCUGUGUUUACCCUACUGUUUCAUGUCAAAAUGGUUGCUGUGAAAAAGGUCUGUUACUUUCUGCUACACUCUAAGCUGCUAUUGUAGUAUUUAUGGCUUUACAUUAUUUAUCUAGCAAUAUAAUGUGUAGUAUUUUAAUUUAACCUGGUAAAUUGAGAUUUUAAUGAUAGAUUUUUAAUUAACGGAUCAUUCCAUCACUGCUAAUGAAGCUAGGUAGCAGUGAUGCAGUGAUUCACUCACAUACAAUAUCAACACACACACAAAUGACUAACAUGGCAUGUCUGCUUUGAAUAGUGCCAGUUUUGUGGUUUGUGGCAAUUAAACAACAAUAUGAUCCA